CGCCAAAGUGCGGAAAUAAAAGAAGAAAAAAUUGCGUCGCAACCGUUUCGCGAGCCGCGUCCAUCGAAUCCCCGCUAGUGCCACCAGCUUCAUGAUCGACACGUGUCGUACGGACGAGAAGGUGUUCAAGAUUGCCGCCAACUACAAGAUGCCGACGCUGCAGCCCCGCAUCGGUUUCAGCAUCGACUCGAUAGUCGGCAACACGACGCCCAAGUCACCUCCGUCGCCUCCACACACCGUUACCAAACCGGAAGUGGGUGGGGGUGUGGGUCCACUACCACCCCAGCGUUCACCCAGCCCACUCGCUUCCGAGAGCUACUCCGUGCGGUUGAACCGACUCCAGAGCCUUUCGCCACCACACAACUACAGUCUCACGCGACUCCCCGAAAGUCCGCAAAGUCUCGAAGGAAGCCACGCGAGCGCCCGUUCACUGGAAGCGCUUCAAUCGCGUCUCUCACCACCGGUCCACUCCACCGUCGGUCCCGUUGGUCCACUGUCCCUUAAGCGUCCUCGUAGCCCUUCACCACCGGUUUCACCCCAACCACCACCAUCGGGUCCACCAAGCGGGUUAGUCGGAUUGGGUGUAGGACCAUCAGCGGGUGGUGGCCCACCACAACCACCACCACCGCCCGUGGGUCCAAUCGUUGUGCCAGGACUGCCAGCAGGACUCGUACGGCCCUUCCCCGUGAGUCCUCCACAACCUUCGGCCCACCCACCACAUCCAUCGGCGGGUGGAGCGGGUCAACCCGGCGGAGGUCCUCCAACCGACAUCAAGGCUCUUCCACCGUUCCUGCACACACCCGAAAUGGUACAGGCCGCCCACAACCAGCAUUUCCUCGCAGCCCAGUUCCAGGCGGCCGCCCUGGCACACGCUCAAGCCGGUCAGCCCUUUCCACCGCAUCCAGCGGCCGCUCAUCUGCAUAACCCGAACCUGCCACCGCGCGAUAGCUAUCCGCUUUAUCCGUGGCUGCUGAGUCGUCAUGGCCGUGGCGUUUUCCCGAUCGGCUUCCCAGGCAACUACCUCAUACCGUUCCGCAAGUCGAAGCGCGUCAGGACGGCUUUCUCACCCUCGCAGCUGCUCAAGCUGGAGCACGCCUUCGAAAGCAACCACUACGUCGUCGGUGCGGAGCGUAAGCAGCUGGCGCAGAACUUGAACCUCUCCGAGACGCAGGUGAAAGUAUGGUUCCAGAACAGGCGCACGAAGCACAAGCGCAUGCAGCAGGAAGAGGGUGGUUCUGGAUCGGGAAAAUCCACCGACGGAGACCACCAGAACCGCUCAGCCUCGAGCCCAACCGGCAGCUGCGAGGACGAGGACGACGAGGACGAGUUCAUCGACAUGGACGAUUGCCCGAGUGAUGAGGAAAACAUGCACCACAACGGCUAG